AUGAAGAAACAGCCCCUCAAAUUAAUUGUUCACCCCCUCAUCACAUCCGCUUUCCUCGCCGUGCAAGAUGCGAACGUCAUCGUAGUAGACUGGAACCGUCUCGCCAAUUCUAAUUACAACACGGCCGCUGCCGGCGUUCCUAAGGUCCUAGGUCAACACCUUGGCAACUUCCUGGUAUGGCUCAUCAACACCGCUGGUGGUAAUUGGAACAACGUUCACUUGGUGGGCUUCAGCCUUGGCGUCCACGUUGUUGACAGAAAUUUAAAGUUCGUGAAUCGUGGGGUAAAGUACGAAACCACACUUUUUAUUUUUUGCUCUCAUGGACGCGCAACUGAGUUGAUCGCCGCCAGCGUCCGCUACAACCGCUUCGUCGGCAGGCAGUGCCCGAAUAUUUCGGAAGCUGAACUGUCAACGUGCGGCGGGGCUGCGUUCAACAUGGACACGCAAUCAUUAACAAGCGAGGAAAGUCGUUCUGUGUGCGUCAACAAUAUGAAUUUAAUUAUAUUAACAUCCAUCACGUUAACAGUGGUUUCUGCUAACAAUAUAAAACAAUUUGAGUCACGUUAUUUUAAAAACGAAGGAUAUUACCCUAGUGGUGAUGAAGAGAGGAUGCAAUUAAUUUUUGAUUUACUCCAACCAGAGGACGAAUUCUUCGUAAGAGAUUACACCAUAAAUCCCAAUGAUGUUUACUUAUUAUUUACAAGAAACAACCCGUACACUGCUCAAAAUCUUGUAAUGGGCGAUAAUUCUUCAGUCAGCAAUUCAAAUUUUGAUGGGACUGCGGUUACUGUAUUUCUGGUUCAUGGUUGGAACGGUCACGGAAGGAAUUCGAUGAAUUUAUUGUUAACUAAAGCGUUCCUUGAAGAUGGUGACGUAAACGUGAUAGUUGUCGAUUGGAGCGAUCUUGCUACCAAAAGCUAUAUAACAGCGAAAGCAGGCGUUCCCAAGGUUGGAAGAGACCUUGGUAUAUUCGUCAAUUGGUUGGUGUCAUCAGAGACGUCGUAUGACAAAAUACAUUUGGUCGGAUUCAGCCUCGGUGCUCAUAUAGUCGGUAAUGCGGGAAGGACCACAGCAGCACGAAUCCAACGAAUCACAGCUCUAGAUCCAGGCGGUCCACUGUGGAAAAAGGACAAAAAUCGCCUAAUGCCCACGGACGCACGUUACGUUGAAGUGAUCCAUACGAACACAGCAUUAUACGGCUUGGAGGAUCCAUGCGGGGACGCGGACUUUUAUCCAAACGGCGGUUACAGAAUGCCGGGCUGCAUCCUCAAUUACUGCUCGCACCGUCGUUCCUAUGAAUAUUUAGCGGCAACUUUGAAGUCCACACCGUUAAUGGCGAACGAAUGUAACAGCCUUCAAGAUGCAUUUGAUGACAACUGUUACGGGCUUAUGUACCCGAUGGGCAAUAGCGAUUUAGCGAAAUCAAGGUCCGGCAUUUUCAGGUUGAAUACAAACGAUAGAAUUUCAGAAAACUUAUCAUAUAUU